GGUUAUAUGAUGUUGUAUAGAGUAAUGGGAUAUUAAUUUUAACAGCAUCAUGUGUGUCAAGGAACACUUAAGAAAGAAUUGUAUAAUUUUAGCCCCUUAUUUUGUGUGGCUCAUCAUUAUAGCAGGGGUUGCUAAUGCUGUUGCUCCAACAGCCGGAAUUGCAAAUCAAUUUAUUGGAGCCAAAAAUCAUGGAUCUCAAGCCACUGCCAGCCUCAAAUUAGACACAAACUCCUCAAGUAGAACAAACAAAGACAAGGAAAUAAUGGGAGUGAUAGCUAGACAAGCUGGUAACCAAUUGAAUGAUCCCUCUAUACCUUAUUUGGGCUUGGGGUUGGACAUUGACAUCAGUGUCAUACCAGGAAAAAUUAAUUCCAUGUACUCUGAAAAUAUCACAAAGAAUGAAGAAUACCUUUUUGAAUAUGCCUACAACACAUCAUUACUUGAGCAUUCAGCCCUUCGAGUGACAGUUGAGUGUCCUGCUGCAACAUUUGCUUCUCCUGUGAUGGUUGUGGUGCGACAGCAAAGAGGCGUUCUUUCCUGGCAGUUACCUCUCCCGGCUCCUCCUAACACUGCUCAGCUAAAAGACUACACCGCAGCUUCCAGAACCAUUUGUCCAUCUAUGAAUUUCCACAUCCCAAUGCAUGAUGUCUCUCAAGCAUCCCAUGAUGUCUCUCAAAGACUCAUAGCUGUUAAUACAAGCCAAGCUCACCAGAGUCUGGACACAACCCAACAUCUGUCUAUUGAUGUUUCCACGCAGGCACAGAUGCCUCUACAUUUCUACCUCAUUACAGAGUCCUUCAAUGACUUUGACCUACAGUUGGAUGAACCGAGACAACUGGUAGUCUCUCCUGCCACUCCUAUGUUCCUUCAGUUCAAGUUCCCUGAUGGCAUCAACACGGUGCUUGUCUAUGCUACGUCAGAGUCUACAUUGUGUGCUGCUCUGGCUGUGCAAGAAAGAAAGUGUCCAGUAUGGGAUUUGGAGGAGACCAUGGGCUAUGCCAGCUUCUACCAGACCAUGAGUAGAUCAGCUGCCAUCACUCUCACGAGAUCGCAAUUUCCUGACGGCUUCUACAUGACACUGUUGACACUACGCAGCGAUUUCGAGUGUGCUGGAGAUUACGCAAGCUUAGAAACUAACCGCACAAAAACUUUUACCGUAAUAGUGAAGGAGAAGAUAAACAAGGAGCAGAUGAUCUUUGGUAUCUUGAUCGGAAGUUUCUUUUGCCUUCUUUUCUACGUUAUUUGCAUUGCCAAAUGUUGCUACGAUCACCGCAAGGAUGCCCUGUUAUUUGAUCGCUUGGGGCCAUUGCCCGGACCUGAAACCUCUACACACAGAACACGACCCAGGAGAAGAAGACCUUCCCGCCCCAGAGGUUCUUGCUUAUCUUCUUCUGCUGGCAUAAAUCGACAUUCUGAUAUUGCUAAUAACUGCACAGAUCCACCCCAUCACUGCAUUAACAUUCAUUCCAACUCGUCGCAUCCAACCACGACUGAAACCCUUAACUCUAUGAUUGUUGGCGAGUGCAACGUUGGAUCUUCUAAACCGCCAAGAGAUUUGCUAAAUAACAGGAUUACUACAAACAUAAAUGAACCUUCAUCUUCCUCUUCUUCUGCUAUUGGGGCUGCGGUGCCAACUGUUAUACUCAGCGAAGGUGGAAAUUUCAAUGAUCUUGCCGAGCUUUCCCGGGAGAUCAACGAGUCCAUGACCGCUUUGCAACGUGACAAUCCCACGUUAGCGACCGAAACUUCGGCGUUUGGUGUCAUCCGCGAUUCAGAUUCAUCGUUGAACUCAGAUGCUAACCAGGCAUCCGACGAGGAAUAUUUCGUGGACGACGCGGACAGCGCCGAGGGAGACACGAGCUGCGACAACCGCAGCAGAGGCGGCGACCUUUCCGGUGUUGCGGAUACCAGCCGUACGGAAACUGAAGACAAUCUGUCCGUCACUGCCGAGAACACGCGCACUGAACAUCAAAACAACGUACGUGGUUUAGACCGCGGUGUGUAUUUCCCCGGGGUAAGAAAUCAACGAGAAAAUCCGAUACCUGAACGCAAGUUUUCCGUCGAGUCUGAUGAAGGCAACGAUGAGUUUGAAGCCAGUCUCGAUGACGGACAAAAUAGAAGAAUAUACGGGAAGUCGCCCGCGUCCGCACCCAAAGCGCGUGGCGUCAUGAAAAAAUUCAGAAUAAAGCGCACGCUUCACCUACACGAGCUCUCCCAGAAGCGGGCGCGCGUGUUGCGUCGUCGCAGCUACCGCUACUUCACCACUCUGCUCAGCUGCUUCAUAUUCUACUUCGUGCCUGUACUGCAGCUCGUCACCACCUACCAGAGGGUUUUGAACGAGACCGGCAACCAGGACAUUUGUUACUACAACUUCUUGUGCGCGAAUCCUCUGGGUAGGCUGAGUGACUUCAACCACGUAUUCUCCAACGUUGGCUACCCCAGCUUCGGCUUACUCUUCGCUGGCCUCACUUACUGGAAACAGUGUCGCUACAACGCUCAAGUAGAGAGGGAACCUGCCGUCGAGAAGCUCGGCAUACCCCGGGACUUUGGCCUGUACUACACACUGUCCUUCUCCCUCGCCAUGGUGGGCCUGCUGAGCGCCUGCUACCACGUCUGCCCUAAUAGGUCCAAUUUCCAGUUCGACACGUCGUUCAUGUACGUGAUCGCGGUGCUGCUGAUGCUGAAGCUCUACCAGCAGCGCCACCCCGACAUCACCGCCAGCGCCGACUCAGUCUUCAUUGUUCUUGCUUGCUCUAUUUUAUUUGGUGUCAUCGGAGGCCUGUUUGGCUUCACGUGGUUCUGGAUCAUGUCGAGCCUGACUCACCUCCUGGCCUGCAUACUCAUGUCGGCCUAUGUCUACUACCUCGGACGCUGGUCCCUCAUCAGCACCAUGAAGAUGGUGUACAAAAAUGGCGGCAUUCGCUUCCUUGCAUCAUGGAGCAUACGUCAGGUGAAGGCGUGGCGCUACUGGCGGGAGCUCAAGUCUCAAUUUGGGACGCGGGUGGCGCUGCUGCUCACCGCUAACCUGGGCAACUGGGCGCUGCUACUCUUCGGGCUCAUCGUCAGACCACGGGACUACGAUACCUACCUGCUCGGUAUCUUCCUGCUCAACCUCGUCGUCUACGUCAUCUUCUACCUCUGCAUGAAGCGCGGCUACAACGAGCACCUGGGCACUGAGGUGAAGUUGACGUUGCUGCUGCUGCUGGUCGUGUGGGUGAGCGCUAUCUGCGUCUUCUUCAAGCGAUCAACAGACUGGUCGAGGUCGCCGGCACGCAGUCGCGACCUCAACCAAGAAUGCAUCAUCUUCAACUUCUACGACUGGCACGACAUCUGGCACUUCCUCUCCGCCGUGGCACUCUUCACCAGCUUCUAUCUCAUCAUGAUCAUCGAUGACGAUCUGGACUACACUCCACGGGACCUCAUCGCCGUCUUCUGAUGGCCACGCCAACUUAUCGAGUCUUCUGGUGCUUAAUUGUUUCAUUCCUGCUUUAAAACAUUCUCUGUCCAACUCAACAUUCUUCUUCAUGCCGUUUUUAUAUUAAAGUUAAUUUCUGCUGAUAAAAAAACUCACCAUCUGCCGCAAUUUAAAUAUUUUUUGCAGAGAAUGGUUCAAUUUCUUUUCCUAUUGGUAUUAUCCAUCCCAAUCGUCAGCGAUAUUUUAUCUUAUUUCAUAAACUUUCUUCAGAUAUCAUUUCCCUCGCCGUGGAAAAACGACCUUAAAAUUAUCUACGUAUUAUUUAUACCAAGAUAUUCACAAAAUUUAGGUCGACUGAUGCAGUUUUAUCAUCUCAUUUAAGAGUUAUUUUUUAAUAUUUAUUGCAGUGCGCAUGCGGGGCAAAAUAUUUUGAAUUAUCUCUUUAAUCUUCAAUCAUUUAAUCAAUUCGUUGUUUAAAACUGGCGUCCUCAAACGUUUUUUAGAAAUUCAAGCCGCUCCUGGAACGUUUAAUGUCCUGGCCAGCUCGAAUUAUAUUUAUCCAAAAAAUACUUUUAUAUUAAGUAUAUUGACAGGAAAUAGUGAAAUAAAUUGAUAUUUCAUUAGCCCUUUUGAUAGCCACCUGCUCUGAGGACCCCCUUUUUAAACUGUACCCACCAAUUGCAAACAAAAUGCUCGCCGUUAUAUUAAAGUUUUCAAAUUUAUAUCAUAACAGCGAUAAUAAUUUAGCAGUUUCGCCCCAGUUUCUUGGACAAUCGAGUCUUCCAGUUUCUGUCUCUGAAAUUAAUUACUGUUUGUGUUAUGGCCACUUGAAUUAAUAAGGAUGCGGCAUACGGUCUUAUUUAUUUGAAGUAUCAAUGUAUUAUUUAACGCCUUCCAAACACAGGCUUGUGGUCGGUAGGUAUGUAGCUUAUGGGUUCGUGCUUGUCAUGUAUGUGGUUCUGUGUUGUAUUUAAAGUAUGCGGCACAACAAACUGUAUUAAUUUACGUAUUUUAUUGAUCUGUUGGCGCCAUGUGUUGUCACGCGCAUACUCUAAUUUAUUGAUAUUAUUUGUAGAACUGUAAAUUAUCAUAUCAUUUAUAUCCUGUUCUGUGAUAUUAAUAGAUCAAAUGGUACCGAUAGCAAGUUUUGCACCCAAAAAAUUAUGUGGGUUGACGCUGAAAUGUCUUUUUAUAACAAAUUAGAUAAUUGUCAUUCUGCCACACGCAUGUAGUAAUCCCCAUGUGAUUAAUUUUGUUAUCAUCUGAAUAGGCAUCGGUCUCUUAUCAUCCGAAUUAUAUCUGGUAUCCUUGAACUACUCAGGCAUUUAAUAUCCAUCUGAACUGUGAUCUCAAAUCUUUUUCAAUUCGCUAUCGGUUUUGAAAUACAAAUACUUAAUAGAAUGUAUUUUCUCUAGAAAAAUAUUUUUCUCGUCUCUGAAUGUGAAUGAAAAAAGUGCACAGUUUCUACUGCUAUUUUUAUAUUUAUACCUGAGAUCUAACAUAUUACUUAAGUAGUUGAUAAUUUAAAAUAGGUAUCACUGCCUUACAAUUAUCCUUCAAAUAUUAUUUAUGUUUGUCGGUGCAUUUCUGUCCAGACUUUAUUUUUAUUAAGAUUUAUAAUUGUAAGGACUACACACCAUAACUUUAAUUCAAAACAUCUCCCUGGGUCAAUUGAAUGGCAGGAUUCAAAGUAGUAGUUUUAUUUGUGCCAAUCUAGUGCCUAUUAUUUGCUUUCUAUUGUCGUGAUCAAAACUAUUCUCUCAUUCAUCGGGAAAUAACCUAUGCCAUUAGUAAUAACUACUUGUUUUAAUCUAAAUUAAUUGGGAAAUGAUCAAUGCACUGGAUAAUCAUCAUACCGCUCAUAAGGCACACAUUUUAUUUAAACUCAUUAAUGAUUCCAUCAGCCAACGACGGAAAUUCCAUAUUUUGUAUACCAGGGUUUCGUUCAGCUUGGAUUGAGCUGAGAGGUUAUAUAAAUCAAGUUUACGACGUGAGUGCGUAUUGUAAUUAUGUUACAAGGUUCAUAACCAUUGCAGGUUUUCACCCCUCCGUUGUAGGAGAUAAUUGUCAAUUUCUGUGUUAUUCAUUGUGCCUGUUCUUUUCUCCACCUCCUUGUUUACUAAGAUAAACUUUCAUUCAUGUCGUCCAUACAUCCCAGUGCGUUGUUUUUCGAUUUGAAGCAACAACGCUUAUGGUUCAUAAUACUCUUAUGGAAAUAUGUUGUUAGAUAUAUUUUUAUAGUGUAUAUUAUUGCAUAAUGUACUUCUAUCAAGUGACGUUUCUUCCAUGAGAUUAUGCUAAUAAUAUUUUUGUAAUCGCUUUUGUGGAGAAUUUUUACCUAAAUAUAAAGCGAGCAUUUUC